UCCAUGCUUCCCCAGUGUUUCAUCAUCAUAAUGUUUCUUUUCCUUCCUUCCACCGGUUAUCUCCACUGGUUAGAAUGGCGUCCUGUCCGCAGUUCCUUACAUGGCCAUGAUCUUCACACAGAUUUUUGCCGGUCAUGCAGCGGACUUUCUACGUCGCAGAUUCCUGAGCACAACACACACUCGUAGGCUCUUCCAGUCUGUGUGUACGCCGGCGUGCUGUUUGGAAUCACCAACUUUAUCUCCACAAUACCUGGCACACUGGCGCCAAUUGUCACAGGGAAGCUCACACCAAACAACUACCAGUCCGAGUGGCGCACUGUCUUCUACUUGUGUGGGGCGUUCACACUCAUCGGCACUAUUAUCUUCGGGGGUUUCGCGUCCGGAGAGAUCCAGCCGUGGGCUGUCGGGGACGAGGAGGAUGACCUCAACAUGGAGAUGACCGUCAAACCAGACUCAGCAGACGCCAAAAUGGACAAUGGCGGCCACAAUAACCUGGCGUUUUCCAAACUGGACGAGAAAAAGGAGAAAUCUACAGACUAAGAGGAUUAGUAGUAUAAGUAACAAUAAAAAACAAAACAAACACAAUCAAAAGCAAAGAGUUAAAAAAAUCAGAACACUCAGAACACGAAAAACAAAAACAAA